GUGACAUCCGGGCGCCGCGCGGGGCCCCCCGGGCGUGGCGGGAGCUUUCGCCGCGGUCACCGCCCGGCCCGCGGCCCGAGCCCGCCUGUGCUGCGCGGACGCGCCAUGAGCUCCUCCGCGCCCCAUGACGGGCAGAUCUGCCUCCAGCGGGCCGUAUUCCUGGAAGGGCGUCUGGUCUGCGUGCUUGCCGGGGAGUAAAACCUGCAAGGGGAAAGAAAUGAGCCGUCAGACCGCUACAGCACUACCCACAGGUACCUCCAAGUGCACGCCAUCGCAGAGGGUGCCCGCGCUGACGGGCACCACAGCUUCCAACAAUGACUUGGCCAGUCUCUUUGAGUGUCCCGUGUGCUUUGACUAUGUGCUGCCACCGAUCCUGCAGUGUCAGAGUGGCCAUCUGGUCUGUAGCAACUGUCGCCCCAAACUCACGUGCUGCCCCACUUGCCGAGGCCCGCUGGGCUCCAUCCGUAACCUGGCCAUGGAGAAAGUUGCCAAUUCCGUACUAUUCCCGUGUAAAUACGCCUCUUCCGGCUGCGAGAUAACUUUGCCACACACAGAAAAAGCAGACCACGAGGAGCUGUGUGAGUUUAGGCCUUACUCCUGUCCCUGUCCCGGUGCUUCGUGUAAAUGGCAAGGCUCCCUGGAUGCUGUAAUGCCGCACCUGAUGCAUCAGCAUAAGUCAAUUACAACGCUGCAGGGAGAAGAUAUAGUGUUCCUGGCCACGGACAUUAAUCUUCCUGGUGCUGUUGACUGGGUUAUGAUGCAGUCUUGUUUUGGCUUUCAUUUCAUGCUAGUGUUGGAGAAACAGGAAAAGUAUGAUGGUCACCAGCAGUUCUUUGCAAUUGUACAGCUGAUAGGAACACGCAAGCAAGCAGAAAACUUUGCUUAUCGACUCGAGCUAAACGGGCAUAGGCGGCGAUUGACUUGGGAAGCGACUCCUCGAUCUAUUCAUGAGGGAAUUGCAACAGCCAUUAUGAAUAGUGACUGUCUAGUCUUUGACACCAGCAUUGCACAGCUCUUUGCAGAAAAUGGCAAUUUAGGCAUCAACGUAACUAUAUCCAUGUGUUGAAAUGGCAAUCAAACCUCUUCAGGCCAGUGUUUAAAACCGUUGCAUUUAAUUUAGCAGAAAUAGGGUAACCAUCUUUGACUGUCAGACAAAUUAUUUGGUAGAUGGAGGGUAGACAUAAAUGAAGGUAAAUAAAAGGAAAGGCUGUUAAAUUACAGGAAGCAGUUGCAUGUAGUAACUAAUAUAUUUAAAAUAAGUCAACAGUAAACCACUGAAAAUAUAUAUACACCCAAAAUGGGCAUCUUUUGUAUUAAGAAUUGAUUCUACAGGAAAUGUUGUAAAAUAAUUCUAAAACUUGUUUGUAGAUUGAUUGUACUGUUGAAAAGGAUACUGUUUCGUGUUUUUGUUUGUGUUUUUUUCCUCCCCCUUUGACUGACAAGCCAUGUUGAGCGGUCUGGUCUCUGGCCGCUGCUUCCCCUCCUCCUCCCCACCCCCCCUUUGUAAGUCACUACAUAGUAUUGCUGCUGUUUGUGUAUAUUUUUUGUGUAUUUGCUAAUUUUUAUUAACUUCUAGUUUUUCAUUAAAUAAAUAUGACUUUCUUUUCUGUAAUUCAGGUUUUUCUCUUUUUUGUAUCUUUUUAAGAUUAAUUACAGGUGUCAUCUUUUGAUAUGCAUAAUUGCUAUGGUAAAACUUAUAUUUCUGUAUGUUUGGUAAAUUUUGUCUCUUUCCAGUAGUCAAUUCAUUGGUGAUACUGUUCUUAAUUGAGCUAUUUGUGAAUGUACUGAACUCGAAAGGAGUGCUUAUGUUCAAAGAUGUGUCAGGAAAGACAGCUCCUUUAAAAACAGGUCUAGAUGUUGUUGUACUUUGAGUUAUCUUCUAACAAAAAUGAAACAAUUAUUAAGAACUUUCCGAAUUUAAAAAAAAAUAGCAAUUCACAUUUCAAAUUUAGAGAUGCUUAGAAAAUUGGUUGCAUCCUUGUAUUUGUCGGUUUGCAGUACAAAGGAAGUAUUGUAUUACACAAUAUUUGUAAUUAUAAAAGCAGACCAUUUGUCAAAAAAAAAAAAAAAAGGCAGUCAGAGUGAGAUGUUUUCAGUCUUUUUAUAUUUGUCAUUAAAAGAUUACCUGGCAAAUGAAAAAAACCACAGCCAACUUCUGCUUUUUGCUUUAGCUCAAAGUUUGACACAUUGAUGCUCUUGCUCAGUUUCUUGUCUUCAUGUCUUUUGGUUGUUACUAAAGCAACUGUCUGGAACUGACUUUUGUAUCUCAAUUUGGUGACAUGAUCCACAUGACAAUGCAGAUAAAUCUCUUCCAGGUGUGACUGACCAGCCCUAAAGGCUUUGGAAGGAUACUGGGCUUUAUGCAGACUGCCUGUAUGUGCAAACCUGAACCACGAAUGUAAAUGGGAUUUGUGUUACAAAACAGACCCAGACAAGAGCAGGGAAAGCUCUUCCACCUGGAGCAGGAAGGAAACCUUUGUCAGAGCGAGUGGUAGCGGCCGUGUCGGGGAGCUGCUCUGGCUGUUGACUACUUUUGUAACACAUUAAAAUACGGUUUAAUUACUGUG